AGGGCCGACCGGAGCCAGUUGUACCAAAGAUCGCACUGUUUCAAUAGUUCUGCUAACGAUAACUCACAUAAAUCGGUAAAAAAAAUGUCUGCGACAAUAGAUGGGGAGACAGAAAAAGCGGUGGAUAGUAUUAUUGAAAGACUUUUGGCGGUUCGAGGAAAUAGACCGGGGAAGGCCACACAAGUUUCUCUCAAGGAGGAGGAGAUUCAAACACUAGUUACGAAGGCAAGAGAAAUUUUUAUGGCACAACCAGUUCUGCUCGAACUCGAAGCGCCGUUGAAGAUAGUAGGUGACGUACAUGGACAAUACCCUGAUUUGCUGCGCUUGUUCGAAUAUGGUGGAUUUCCACCUGAAGCGAACUAUCUGUUUCUUGGCGACUAUGUCGAUCGAGGACCUCAAGGAUUGGAAUGCAUCUGUUUGCUCCUCGCCUACAAGAUCAAAUACCCCGAGAACUUUUUUAUGCUGAGAGGAAAUCAUGAAUGUUCAUCCAUCAAUCGAAUCUACGGAUUCUAUGACGAAUGUAAGCGCCGCUACAGCUUGAAGCUUUGGAAAGCGUUCAAUAUGGUUUUCAAUUGUCUCCCGAUCGCUGCGAUUGUUGAUGAUAAGAUUUUUUGCAUACAUGGAGGAUUGUCGCCCGAUUUGAACAGCAUGGAGCAAAUUCGCCGCAUUUUGCGUCCAACCGAUGUUCCAGACACUGGCUUGCUUUGCGAUGUUCUUUGGGCAGAUCCUGAUCCCAAUAUCCGUGGAUGGGCUGAGAGUGAUCGAGGUGUAUCGUUCACCUUUGGGGCUGACAUUGUUGAGAAGUUCAAUCGGAAGCACGACUUUGAUCUCAUUGUCAGAGCGCAUCAAGUGGUGGAAGAUGGAUAUGAGUUCUUUGCGAGACGGCAGUUGGUGACGGUGUUCAGUGCGCCUAAUUACUGUGGAGAAUUUGACAAUGCGGGGGCUAUGAUGUCCGUGGACGAAACUCUCAUGUGCUCAUUUCAAGUGUUGCGUCCAGCAGAGAAGAAGAAAGGUGUGAUCGGCGGUCGUGUUUCUACUCCAGCAGCAAGCAAACGGUAAAACAGGAUGCACACGAUGACGAGUCUGCAUAGAAAUAAAUAAUUUCAAGUUUAUUCGGAUCAAAUGCGGUUGCUGGGCUUUGUGCGGCGAAUGUGCAGUCAUCUGGUCAGAUGAGGGAGAUCUUUGGAGAAGACUGGUCAAGUUGUACAUCGUCGGAGAAAGUACAGGAAGGUUAGAGACACUUAGAGACUUUUUUGGGUGACAGGUAUGGAUGAAAGUAUAAUCCAUUUAUCAA